AUGUCCUCUGCCGCCAUUGAGAUCCACGGCAUCUCGGAGCAGUCCAGCCGCCUGAGCCUCAAGAAAGCCAUGGAGCAGUUCGGUGAGGUGGUCGGCUGCCACAUGGGAGCACGAGGUGUGGAUCAUCCCAUCGUGCGGUAUAAGUCGCAGGAGCUCGCCCAAACGGCGCUGGAUGCGCUGAAGGCUGGGCAGGCCCGCGGAGCUUUUGGGAAGGACCGGGCCAUGCAGGAUCCCAAGUAG